AUAGAUUCUGAUUAUUUUUGUGAUGACGACGGUGAUAGUGAUGAUUUAAAAAAUAUGCGUCAAUGUUACAAUGGCUGUCAUGAUAUUAGUAAACUUGAGCGUGCUCCUAAUCAUAAUAGAUUCAUUCUAUAA